GAGGUGUGUGUAAGAGAGAGAGAGAGAGAGAGAUGAAGGUAUUCCUGAAUAGCAAGACAAAGGAAGGAAUAGUUAAGGAAGGCAGUUAGUUUGAGUAGGUUUCUCUCCCAAAUGGGUGGCUCAACUGGACAAAUCUCAUGCCGUUAGAUUUGGGGUGGCGUAGGAUCGUCGGUUGAGUACACGUGCUGCUAUAUCUUUCCACUCCUUUACCUCUUUCUCUUUUAUCUUUGCUUCCAUGCAUGGAAUUCUCCUCCAAAUAUAGUCAAUCUUAGAGAGAGAAAGUAGUGAGAGAAAAGAGAAACAAGCGCUCGCUCGCUCACUUAGUCCUUUUAAUUUUUCUUCCUUGGCUUGUUCAUCGCCAUCAUUAGCAAACAAAGGUAACAGAACCUCCACCUUCUUCAAGUUUGAUUUUUUCUUCAUAUCUCUUCAACUACCCAAGAAACAGCUGCUUGUGAGAAAUAAAGAGCUACUACACAUUUUUACUAGGCCUCUCCUGUUGCCUCCUUUUAUUCAGCAUCAGAUCUUGUUUUUUUUUAUCUACAAUUCUGUGAAAUCCCAGAUGGGUUCUUCUCUGGUUGGUUCAGAAAGCAAGAAACCGUGAUCUGACGCAGUUUUCUAACCAGAUUUGAGCUUUCACCUUAAUUUUCUGAUCUGGGUCUUCUUCUCUUUUCCUUGUGGUCCUCUGUUUGAUUACCGUUUUGGCUUUUUUAGCAUUGUUACUCUGAUCUGUGUUUUCCUUUUGCAAAUUGUAAUUCUAAUUCAAUGGAAGAAGGUCGAGGAUUAAAGCACGUAUGCAAGUUCUGCAGCAAGCGCUUCCCCUGCGGUAGAUCAUUGGGCGGUCACAUGAGGUCUCAUUUGACCAUUAAUUCGACAGAAACAGAAGAAAAACUGAGCAGAAUAAAAGUCUCCUCUUUCAACAAUGGUAGAAACCAGACUAAUGCUGAGAUGGGUUUGGAAGCUGGGAUUUACACUGGUUAUGGCCUUAGAGAGAACCCCAAGAAGACUAGGAGGCUUGCAGAUUCGAGCGAAGAGAAUUCACUCUAUGAAAAGUUAUGCAAAGAAUGUGGUAAGAAGUUUCUGUCCUGGAAAGCUCUGUUUGGUCACAUGAAGUGUCACUCAGAGAAAGAAAAAGGUUGUAAUAGCUUGGAGGAUCAAGACUCGUGGAUCAGUGCUAACCAGAAGCUGGUCAUGGACAGCCAAUCUGACAAUGAAACGGAAAAUCCAAGCCGAAGAAGGAGAUCGGAAAGAAGAACAAGGUACAUGGCCACUGCAACCUCUUCUUCUUUCUCUUUAGCCAAUGGUAAUUCCUCCUCUGUUUCUGAGAUUGAGCAAGAACAAGAAGAGGUUGCCAUGUGCUUGAUGAUGCUUUCUAGGGAUGUGGGUCAUUGGGGUGGUUUGAAUUCUUCUGCUGAGUCUUCUGAUAAUAAUUCUGUUUACUUAGAAGCUCUAGAAUCUUUUCAAACUAACCGGAUUUCUAAAAUCGAUGGCAAGACUUCUGUCUGUAAUGGUGGUAGUGAGACUGUGAAAUUGAAGAAACUUAGUGAUAAGAAUUCUGAUGAUCUCAAAGGGAGAAGGUCAGAAUUCUGUGCUCCUGGCAAUUCAAGAAGUCGCUCAAGAAGGAACAAAACUGAAGCUUCCACUGACGGGUUUUUCAAGAAUGAUCAUUUUGGAUUGGAGGAUUCCGAAGUUGAAUUGGGGAAGAAUUUCUCCAAGGAAACUGCAUUAAGUCAAGCUCAAUUGGCUUCAGUCAAGUGUAACUCAAGCAAGAGAAAGUUGGGUGAUUCCUAUGAUCCUGAAUUGAGGUCAGAUCAGUCCUUGAAAACUUUGACUACCAAUUCUAUGGAUUCUGAAAUCUGCAAGAAUUCCAGUAAGAGGAGUAAAUUUGAGUGUACUACUUGCAACAGAACCUUCCACUCAUACCAAGCUCUUGGAGGGCACAGAGCUAGCCAUAAAAAGAUCAAAGGUUGCUUUGCUUCAAAAAUUGAGAGCAGUGAAAAUAGCAUAGAAACUGAUCAACACUCUCCUGACCCUACAGCAGAUAGUAAGCUCAUCAAGCUCAGCAACAAUGAGAAUCCCAUUCCCCAAGAAAUACCAGCUGGUUAUGGUGAAAAGAGACAGAAAACUAUAGGGUCCAAGAAGAGUAAUAAGGGGCAUGAGUGCCCAAUUUGCCUCAAGGUUUUUCCAUCAGGCCAAGCCUUGGGAGGUCACAAAAGAUCCCACUUGGUUGGUGGCUCUGAGGCUAGAAACAAUCCCACCACUGUAAUCCAGAAAGAGGCUCCAGAAACUCGGGACUUUCUUGAUCUCAAUCUUCCUGCUCCCGUUGAAGAAGAGAGCAGCAAUAACGGCCGUGCCGGGUUCACGCCGUGGUGGGUAGGAAGCACCCACAAGCGCGACGCCCUAGUGGGUUUGAUCUCUAACUGAAUUUCCAUAAUCCUGGCCAUGCGACGCAAGACAAACGAAGAACGAAAGAAAAGACAGAUAAAUUCCAUGUCGAACAGAGCCUCACUGGCCGACAACAGAGUCCGGCAGAGUCUCACCACGAAAAGAAAACAAGAAUAACACCUUGCGUCACCACAGUUCCCCAAUAGAGAUUCCAAGUGCAUGUACACACAAGUUUCUGGACACUAUUCCAUUAAUUCUUUACAAGAUUCAAGCUCACUGCCUUCAAGUAAGGCCUUCUCUGCAGAUUUCAUCUGAUAAGUUUUUGUCAAACACCUCUUUCCUUUCCUACAUGCCUACAUGUUUACCUUCCUUUUACUUUUUCUUUUUCUUUUUUCUUUGUUCUUUUAGGUUAUAGAAAAUAAGCUCAUCAAUGUGUGAAACUUCAAUACUGUAACUUGGAUUUAUAUUUCUUCUCAUACUUGGAGCCUCUA